AUGUCGUUGAACGACCAAGAAACCAUACUCAUAUCGAACGCGCUACUCUUUGGACUAUGUUGCUUGCAGGGCCAUCAAAAAGAGGCAACGGCGCAUGCACGCAACUCGAUCGAACUUUUCUAUCGUUGGAGGUUUUGGGAACAUGCAGAGAAAUCAGAAGCUUCUGCUACUCGCAGUAGUUUGGUUCAUUCUGGCUCUCUCAUCGCCUUGAUUAUGAGCUUUGAGUGUCAAUUUAUAAACAGACUUGGCCACCUAAUAAGCCCUACGUGUCUUGGGGAUCGCAAGCUAUGGAAAUCAUCAUCUGAGUCAUUUACUUCGAUAACAGAUGCCUAUCUAGAAUUCCUACCUCUUCUUACUAGCUUCAUGGACGCCACGAGGUUUAUAGGCUCGCCUCCGGACCUGGUACAGCCUCGUCCAGAUGUACAAGUCGCCUAUCGCUACGAAUUCAUCAACUGGAAGACAAAGUUUGACCGUCUAUUGCGGCUGCGUAACCCCAGCACACCAUCCGAUCUCGAAGGCAUAGCGAUACUACAGAUGUUUUUCACCACGCUGGAAAUAGGCUUCAAGAUCGACCUUGCCGCCUCGCAGGUCGCGUAUGACGUAUGCGAAGACCUGUUCGAAAAUAUAAUUCAUCAAGCGGAGGAUCUUUACAAGAUACUAGCCGCGGGCGUCGAUCAGAAAAACCCAGCGUCGAGCUUCUCGUUUACUCUGCCAAUCUCGGACGUCUUCAUCUACACCGCAAACAACUGUCGCAAUAGCGUGCUGCGACGAAGACUCAUGUCCCUGGUUCGAAAAUGGCCACGCAGUGAUGGCCUUUGGAAUAGCAAACUCACUGUGAAACUUUGUGAGGCCGUGGUGCUGGCAGAAGAAUACUGGAUGUCAGCAUCUCGCAAUAAGCCGGCUCUAAGCGCAGAUGUCUGCUACUGUAUUCCUAAUACCUUUGUUUGCGACAAUCACCGGGUCCGGGAUUUGGAUACUUACUUCACCUCGGAAAGAGAAGCGAGAGUCUUGCUGCGGACUGUGGGGGAUCUCAGAAAUAACCUUCCAGGCACAGAAAUUACAGUGACUUGGUGA